AUGAAUAGAGAAUUAGCAUAUGCACUCUCUUUUCUCUUCCUCUUAAUACCAUCUCUGUUUUGGUUCAACCUCGUUACCUUUGAUCAACACUCUCUUUUUAGUUUUGAUUUCUUGUCACAUAUAGCUCCAAAUAAUUCACAAAAAUCGUUACCAAUUGAAGUAUGUGAUUUUUCAAACGGCCAAUGGGUAUGGGAUGAAAAUUACAACUCACAUCAAUUGUAUGAUGAGAAUUGUCCCUUCCUUGAUCCCGGAUUCCGGUGCCGGCAAAGCGGACGGAGAGAUGAAGGCUUUCAUAAAUGGAGAUGGCAACCAGAUGAUUGCCAUCUUCCACGAUUCAAUGCAAGUGAUCUCCUAGAGAGGAAUCGCAAUGGUCGCAUAGUGUUUGCAGGUGAUUCAGUAGGCAGGAAUCAAUGGGAGUCUUUACUUUGCAUGCUAACAAAAGGGGUCUCUAACAUAUCAAAAAUAUAUGAAGUGAAUGGAAGUCCCAUAAGCAAACACAAGGGCUACCUAAUCAUGAAAUUUGAGGAAUACAACAUGACAGUUGAGUAUUAUAGGGUACCCUUCUUGAACCCUACUGGUCGUCCACCACUCAACUCAUCCGAUGACAUCAAAAUGACCAUCAGGCUUGAUGAGUUGCAUUGGCAUUCAAUUAAAUGGAAGGGAGCUGAUGUUCUUGUCUUCAAUUCUGGUCAUUGGUGGAACUCAGACAAAACUAUCAAGUCAGGUAUGUACUUCCAGGAAAAAGGGAAGGUAAAUAUGACUAUGACAGUGGAAGAAGCUUUUAGGAGAUCCUUACAAACAUGGAAAUCAUGGGCAUUGGGUAAUCUAAAUCCUAUGAAGAGUUUCGUCUUCUUCCGUAGCUAUUCCCCCGUUCAUUACAGGAACGGCACAUGGAAUGAAGGAGGAAACUGCGACAAGGACAUGGAACCAGAAAAUGACCCUACAAAACUCGAAACUGAACCGUAUUACAACAUAUUUAUAUCUGAUGCUGUUAAAGAGAUGCAAUAUGGAAGCUGGAAAGUCAACUUUCUGAACAUCACAUAUCUUUCGGAGUUGAGGAAAGAUGGCCACCCUUCCAAAUAUCGGGAACCAGGCACUCCGCCUGAUGCUCCUCAGGAUUGUAGCCACUGGUGUUUACCUGGAGUGCCCGACACGUGGAACAGACUUAUCUAUGCCCAACUCCUCUCUAAGAAAUUUGGCAGCAACAAAGAUUUUUCAGAAAGAGAAGAACGAAGCUGA